AUGCAAUUCUCACUCGCUACAAUCCUCGCUGUUCUUCCUCUUUUGGCUGCCGCCUCUCCCAUCGCGCAACAACCGCGUGUCACUAUUCCCUUGUCCAAACGCUCCAAUGUCCGCCGUGCUGACGGCUCAGUCGACAUUGAAGUGAUGAAACUUCAAGUCGCCCAUUCUACCGGCAAGAUCCUCCGCGGAUUUGACACCUAUGCCCGCAACAAGGGCCAACGCCACUCCUUGGCUCCUCCCACUUCUCAGAAGCGUGAAGUCGGACACGACGAGCUCGUUGACGAAUCCAGCCAACUCUGGCAAGGCAAGAUCUCUGUUGGAACUCCUCCUGUCGAAUACACUGUCGACUUUGACACAGGAAGCAGCGACCUCUUCCUCCCCGCCAAAGACUGUGACCAGACCUGCAAGGGCCACACUCCCUACGACACCUCCGCCUCCUCCACCUCAAAGGCGCUCAACAAGUCCUUCACUCUCAAAUACGGAGACGGCUCCAACGUCUCUGGCAAGCAAUUCACCGACACCGUCGAGAUCGCCGGGCUCAAGGCUACCAAGCAGACCCUCGGUGCUGCUACGACGUACAGCGAUGGAUUCGGGAGCUCCAACUUCCCUGCUGAUGGCCUUAUGGGUAUGGGAUUCCAGAGCAUCAGUGAAUACAAUGCUCCUCCCGUCUUCCAAUCCUUUGUCAGCCAGGGCCAGACUUCUGACCCCGUCUUUGCCAUGAAGUUGACCGAACAAGGCUCCGAGCUCACCCUUGGUGGUUUAGCUGAUACCCUCUACAAGGGUGAUAUCACCUACGUCCCAGUCACUCAAGAGGGUUACUGGCAAGUCAACUUUGACUCUUUGAACCGUCCUUUUUUUCGAUAA